UCUCUCUGAGAAAAUUUUUGCCUUUUAACCACAAUUUCUUAUGCAAAUCAUCAGACUGUAAUUUCCUCUCUUAUCGUCUUUGUUACUCAAAGUUACUUACUGCCACGUCCAUCCUCAAGCACUUUGAAUUUCAAGAUUCUCACUUUAUUCAUAUAUCACCCACCCUUUUUACUAUCAAAAUUUUCUAACCUAACCACCAUUUCUAUAUGCUUGCAGUUCUCUAUAACUAUAAAUACUUUUAUAUUAAAUAUAAAAUGGGAUGUGGGUUUUGUAUUUGUAUUUGUAUUUGUUUGCUAUGCUUUUGAAUGUGUGCCUUCAGAAACAGCUGUGAAGGCCGUUUCAUGCCUUUUGCUUUUGUAGUCAAGAGCUUCAGCUUGCUUUAGAAAGAGAAAGAAAAACCAACUGGGAGAUUUUUUUUUUUCCUUUCUAUCCUGUUUUCUUUCUUUUCUUUCUUUCUUUCUCUCUCAAAUACAAACCGUCUACUUGUGGAAGCUGCUUAAAUUAGCAAAGGCUUAAAAGUGGUGUAUAGACUUGAGAGCAACUUUUCCUUUUUCUUCACUGGCUUCGGUUAAAGUAAGCUAUGGGAGCGAAUUCUGGUGUUUUCUAUGGUUAAAGCAGGUUUAUAGUUCAAUCCUACUGUGACAGUUUCCUCUUUUCCUCCUCCUUGUUUCUCCGUCUCCUCCUCCUUCUCUCUUCUCUUCAUCAUUUUAACAGUUAAUUUUUUUUUUAAAAUUUAUAUUUCCUAACUUCUCAUCUGGGCUUCCCUCAAUUUUCUUUUUCAAGAUUUGAUUUUGCCGCAAGGGUUCACUAACUUCUAGAGGUAUACGGAUAUGAUAUGAUAUGUGUAGGUGGGUGUUAUAUAAAGUAUAUAACUUCAAAGAAUAUUUAUAUAGUGUGAGAGGAAGAAGAUAGCAUCUGCUUUUGCCAUCCAAUAAGCCAUGAGUAAGAGUAAUUUAAGCUCCAAUAUCAGUAGCUCUGAUCUCAUUGAUGCCAAGCUUGAAGAACAUCAGCUGUGUGGAUCCAAACACUGCCCCGGCUGCGGCCAUAAACUCGAAGCAAAGCCGGACUGGUUAGGUCUACCAGCUGGAGUGAAAUUUGAUCCAACAGACCAAGAACUGAUAGAACACCUGGAAGCGAAGGUAGAAGCCAAAGACAUGAAAUCUCACCCCUUGAUAGAUGAAUUUAUUCCUACUAUUGAAGGGGAAGAUGGGAUUUGUUAUACCCAUCCUGAGAAACUUCCAGGAGUUACCAGAGAUGGCUUGAGCAGGCACUUCUUCCACAGACCUUCUAAGGCUUACACUACUGGCACAAGAAAGCGAAGGAAAAUUCAAACCGAAUGUGACUUGCAAGGUGGAGAAACAAGAUGGCAUAAAACUGGCAAGACAAGGCCAGUUAUGGUCAAUGGUAAACAAAAAGGGUGCAAGAAAAUCUUGGUCCUCUAUACAAAUUUUGGCAAGAACCGAAAACCCGAGAAGACUAACUGGGUGAUGCACCAAUACCACCUUGGCCAAAACGAGGAGGAGAAAGAAGGAGAGCUUGUGGUUUCAAAGAUAUUCUAUCAGACUCAGCCACGGCAAUGCAAUUGGUCCGAUAGAAGUGCAACAACUGGUGAAGGAAGCAGUGAUCCUAAUAGUAGAAGAGACAGUGGCAGUGGAAGCUGCUCAUCAAAAGAAUUAAUCCCACAAAGGGAUGAAAUGCCUGCAGCUACAGUCGCUGCUGCAAUGUCAAGUUAUGGUGCCAUGGAUAUGCAACAGUUUAAACCUCACGAUCACCAUUUCAGCUUCGUCCCUUUUAAGAAAAGCUUCGAUGAGGUGGGGAUAGGAGUAACUUCAACAGCAGGUGAAGCCCCAGCAGUAGCAGCAGCAGGCACGUGUGAAGAUAUACGGGAGCAGCAGCGGCCACAUCAUGUGGCCCAUGAUCAUCACCGUCAACAGCAACACCAUCACCAACAACAGCAACAGCAACAUCAUCAGAAUAUGGGCACCACAGCCUUCCACAUCGCCAGGCCUUCACUUCCCAUCUCUACCAUGAUCUCUCCACCUCCACUCCAUCACACUUCUAUCAUUCUUGACGAUGAUUCUUACCAUGUUUCCAGAAUAAUGCUUCAAAAUGAUACUUUCCAGCAGCAGCAGCAGCAACAUCAUAAAAUGGGAGGAAGGUCUGCGUCUGGUUUGGAGGAACUCAUAAUGGGUUGCACUUCAACUGAUAUCAAGGAAGAGUCAUCAAUCACAAACCCACAGGAAGCUGAAUGGUUGAAGUACUCUUCUUUCUGGCCUGAUCCUGACAACCAGGAUCAUCAUGGGUAGGAGCAAAAAUAAAUAAAGAAUAAACAAAAAGACACCGUCAGAGGCAGCAUCAUUAUCAUCAUCAAUAGUAAUUGAAGCCCUCCCUGAAGUUGUUUUCAAGAAGAGGCCAGGAAGAUAUCUAUACUUUGCUUUUUCUUUUCUUCUUCUUCUUCUUCUUUCUGGCUCUCACUCUCAACUAAACUAGAAGUCCAUGUUGAAAGAGAGAAGAAGGGAGAAAAAAAACAAAAGGAAAAAGAAGAAAGAAAAGAAAAGAAGAAGCCAAAAAAGGCUGCACUCUACUGACAAAAACGAAGGAGAACCAAAGACCCAAAGUAAAUCCAUCAACAUCGUGCAUGAAAAUCAUCACCAAUAUCAUUACAGUAUCAUCUUUAUAAAUGCCUAUUCUUAUUAUUUUAUUAUUUCAUGAUGUUUGUAUAUUUUCUUCUUUUUUCCUGUUAUUUUAAAGAAAAAUACCAAAGAGUCUGUGCAAAUUACAACAAGAAAACUUUGUUAAUUCAGUUGUUUGUACUCACUUCUUUUAAGUAAAAUAUAAUUAUAUGAUGAUUUAACUUUAAAUUA